GAAACCGUCUUGGUAGCAAGAGCAGGGCAAGCAUGACAGCAGGGUCCCCGGGGGAAUGCCCAGUCGUCCUGCUCCUGCUGCUGUGUGCGCUCGGCGCCUCCGUGUCCCAGGGCGGGAAGCUGCUGGUGGUCCCGGUAGACGGCAGCCACUGGCUGAGUUUGGUCGGACCCCUCCAGCCACUGCGGCAGAGGGGACAUGACAUAGUGGUCCUGGCACCUGACGCCUCCGUGUACAUCAAAGAGGAAGCAUUCUACACUUUGAAGAGGUACCCUGUACCAUUCCAAAGGGAGGACUUGGAAGAGACUUUUAUCAGCAUUGGGCGUACUGUUUUUGAGGAUGAUCCUUUCCUGAAGCGCGUGAUCACAACAUACCAGAAAGUCAAAAGGGACUCGGCUCUGCUCUUCUCUGCCUGCUCCCACUUACUGCACAACAAGGAGCUGAUGGCCUCCCUGGCGGCAAGUAGCUUCGAUGCCGUGUUGACAGACCCUUUCCUUCCCUGUGGCCCCAUUGUGGCCCAGUACCUGUCUGUGCCUGCCGUGUUCUUCUUGAAUGGACUGCCUUGCAGCCUGGACUUUCAGGGUACCCAGAGCCCCAGUCCACCAUCCUAUGUGCCCAGGUAUCUGUCAUCUAACUCAGAUCACAUGACCUUCCUGCAGCGGGUAAAAAACAUGUUCAUCAUCUUGACAGAGAAUUUGCUGUGCAAUGUGGUUUAUACCCCGUAUGGGCUACUUGCCUCAGAAAUCCUUCAGAAAGACGUGACUGUUCAGGAUCUCUUGAGCUCUGGGUCUGUCUGGAUUCUCAGAAGUGACUUUGUGUUUAAUUUCCCAAGACCCAUCAUGCCCAACAUAGUUUUUGUUGGUGGGAUCAACUGCGCUCGCAAAAAGCCACUCUCUCAGGAAUUUGAAGCCUAUGUCAAUGCUUCUGGAGAACAUGGAAUUGUGGUUUUCUCUUUGGGCUCAAUGGUCUCAGAGAUUCCGGAGCAGAAAGCUAUGGAAAUUGCUGAUGCUUUGGGCAAAAUACCUCAGACAGUCUUGUGGCGGUACACAGGAACUCCACCACGGAAUCUUGCGAAGAAUACAAAACUUGUUAAGUGGCUGCCCCAAAAUGAUCUGCUUGGUCACCCAAAGACUCGGGCCUUUAUCACACAUUCCGGCUCCCAUGGCAUUUAUGAAGGAAUAUGCAAUGGCGUUCCCAUGGUGAUGAUGCCCUUGUUUGGUGAUCAGAUGGACAAUGCAAAGCGCAUGGAGACCCGGGGAGCUGGAGUGACCUUGAAUGUCCUGGAAAUGAGUUCAAAAGAUUUAGAAAAUGCCCUGAAAGCUGUCAUCAAUGAAAAAAGCUAUAAGGAAAACAUCAUGCGCCUGUCCAGACUUCACAAGGACCGUCCCAUAGAGCCUCUGGACCUGGCUGUGUUCUGGGUGGAGUUUGUGAUGAGGCACAAGGGGGCGCCCCACCUGCGCCCUGCAGCCCAUGACCUCACCUGGUACCAGUACCACUCUCUGGAUGUGAUUGGCUUCCUCCUGGCGAUCGCACUGACAGUCAUCUUCAUCACCUUUAAGGCCUGUGCCUUCGCCUUCCGGAAGUGCUUUGGGAAGAAGGAGCAAGCGAAGAAAUCUCAUAAAUCCAAGACACACUGAGAACUGAGUUGGAAACUCUAGAGAAAGGUUAAAUUCAUGUUAUGCUUACUCAGGAACUGCUUUGCCAGAAAAUGACGCCCCAGAGUGCGUUUUGAAAAAUAAAAGUGAUCCAAUCCCUAGUCACAAACACAGGUAGAGAGAUUUGAGUCUCUUUGCUGCUCCCUCCAGUACUUUAACCUGGACUUCACUUGUCAUCUUUCAGAUGACUUAAGAGAACUGGUAGGUCCUUCCUUCAACCUGAUACUUUUCCUACUCAGAAAUGGGACCUGUUUGGGAGCCGCGUCUUCCUUCCCCUGCCCCCAGGAAUGCAUCCAGCAUCUGUAGACACAUUCCCUCACCAAUAACGGCUGGUUCUAAAUUAUGCUUAUGCUUCAGAGAUGUCCCUGUGCAUCUAAAUAAGGAGAUGUCUCUUCCUUGUCCUUAAUGUGCUAUGAAUGAAUGGUAUAGAGUUCUUCUAAGACAGUGUAUGAUUUCUGACUUUAGUGGGGAAAGAAUGAUGUAUAAAAUUGGUGGGUGAUGUGCCUGAGUAGAUGAUCAUUGCUUCUGCCAAACAGAUCUGAAUUUGAAAGAUGCCUAAAUUAUAGUGACUGGAAAGUAUAUUUUUUCUGAUGUGAUAACUAAAAAUGCAUUAAUAAAUUUAUGUUAAUUAUA